UUUCUCAUAGAAACUGCAAAGCACACAAGGUUCACCCGCAGGAAGUAUCCUGGUCCACAAACACUGUCCAGGACUGAACAAGAUUAGAAUUGUAUAGCGAAUUGGUCCGCUGGAUAUUGUUUGCAAUAUACACGAAGGCUUAUGGUAUCAUAAGCCUUCGUGCUGAAUGCUUGAUUUGUCACUAUAUGCAGUGACGUAAAUUUUGGUGACUACCCGCAUGCCUGUCUCUCCCCAUUGGGUUACUACCUGAUGUUAAAUUAGGCGACAUUUCCUCUCUUCCAAUUCUCCUAUGUCACCUGCGACUGGCUCUUUCAAGCAGAUAGGAGCUUCCGUGCUGGAGACUAUCAAUCUGAGCAGUACCUGCAUGGUAUACAUCGCUUCAUAUCCUCAAAGCUGGGCGACGCAAGGGGGAUCAGUGCCUAUCACAGAGCACCGGAAAUAGUUAUAAAUCGCAACAUGCCCGUGACACGAUUUCAUUUAAUGAUAAUUCGCAGGCUGUGAGGAUAUACAUACUCGCCCAAUGGAAUGUUUGCAGACCCAGCUUUUCUGCAAGGUGAUCUAUCACGUCGAUUGGGUCAAAGAGAACUUGAACAUAUUGCCAGCGUAGUCGCAUCUGAGAAGUUCUGCUUAAAUUACAGCAGAUUAAGGACAUGGAUGACUGAUGCUAGACGUAUCAGAAGAUUACACAUCAUUCUGAAUCAUUCUGUAUCUGAUGAACUGCCUCACUCGAACACUGUAAGUGUUCGAGCAUAUUCCCAGUUGACCGCGUCGCAUCUAUUCUUCUCAGAUCAUAAUAGAGCAUUUGCGCACUGUUCUACGCCUUCUCAUACAUACCUACGGAGACAGAAGACAUUCUUGAUCUGCUGUAGAAGAGACAACGCAGCUGAUCUGGACAGUGUUCUCUACCUUGUCUUGCCACUUUAUCUAACCUGGAUUUACCAGGCGGAUCUUCACACGCAAUCUCUUUUCUCAUUAACUCCUCUGAGUGGAUUCUUAGCUCUUUCAGUAUCAUUUGAAUUAUAA